AGGAUAAUGAUAAUGUCCCAUGCGAUGAUACACUCUCCAGCAAAACGUCUGUGAGGCUUGGAGAUGGAGCAGCUACGAGACGACAUCUCACAGAAUAAACAGGGCUUUCAGUAGUAGAGAACCUAGACAUUCACAUCAUGGCGCUUUCCAAGCUGAAGAGUCUGGUCUCUGGCCGGAUCAGAGCUGGAAAUCAUGCGAUGGAAUUGGCAGCGAACGAGCCAAUGCUACCGGAGAACGAAAGAUCUGUGGCCGGUGCUCUUGAUAUUGAAGGCUAUGUGGAAGCCGAGAAUCUGCGCGCAGCCGGAGAAGAGGAUGCCUUGACUUCCUCGAUCAAGCCCCAUGCCUUCUAUGCCUCCAAGCGUGUGGAGAUCUUCGGAAUAUCGAUACCCAAAGCUCUACUUUGGCUGCUGCUCCUGCCGGCAGGGAUUGUUCUGCUGUCAUUUCUGUUGCCGUCCAACCGGAGACACUCGCCAACAGAGCUGGCCCUGUUGAACAACGGGACGCAUGAUUUCCAUCCUACAACUCUGGUCGUAUCCCUUGAUGGCUUUAGGGAGCUCUAUCUAUCGUCUCACGCAAAUCUGGUGCCAAACAUUCUAUCUAUUGGAAAUGCAGGAAAUGGACUUAGGGCCAAAACGUUGCAACCCCAAUGGCCAACAUUGACAUUCCCGAACCACUGGAGCAUGAUGACGGGACUUCAUGUUGAGACGCAUGGGAUUGUUGCGAAUCACUUUUACGACCCUGAACAAGGCGUACAAUUUAAAAUAGAAGAGGCUGAAAUGAUUGGGGAGAGUCAAUGGUGGAGAGGGGAGCCGAUGUGGAGUGUCGCUGAGAAGGCGGGUCUGAUCACGGCAAAUAUGAUGUGGCCUGGACCACCAGCAACGAGUCAGGGUGUGGCACCUACUUAUGCUGUGCCAUUUGGAGAUAUGGAUCCAUCUGCCAAGGUUGAUCAGCUGUUGACCUGGAUCGACAUGCCCAUUGAGAAAAGGCCCCGACUUAUCUUUGGCUACAUGCCGGAAGUGGAUCAAUUUGGACAUCUGGGCGGACCGAACUCUGUCGACGUGGAGAAAGCUCUUCAGAUGGUCGAUCAAGCUAUUGGUAGACUUCUCAACGGUCUCAAGGAGAGAAACCUAGAGAACAUCGUCAAUCUCAUAGUAUUAUCUGAUCAUGGAAUGAGCGAGACUUCGAAUGAUCGUAUGAUCUUUCUGGAUGAUGUCCUUGGCAAAGAAGGCUUUGAGGCUAUACAAUGGCGUGAUGGCUGGCCAUCUGCCGGCCUGCGCUUUAAAGAGGGCACAGAUACCGGUCCUCUACUGGAAAAUCUUCAAAAUGCGGCCAUUGCGUCUCAAGGUUCAUUCACAGUGCACACUCGCGAGACCAUGCCAGAGAGGUGGAGUUACAAUGCUUCUGAUCGCAUAGCUCCAAUCUGGGCCAUCCCAAAGCUAGGUUGGGUACUGGUUGAUCAUCAUGAGUUUGAAGAUGUACUACAUGGUCAAUUUACGCCAAAAGGCUUGCAUGGAUAUGAUAAUACAGAAGCGGAGAUGCAAGCCAUGUUUUUCGCUCAAGGCCCCUUUGUGGACGACAUGAAAGUCAGAGCGAUGCAGAGCGGAUCUGAGGGCUGGGUGUCCAAAGACCCACACGUCAUAGAUAGUUUUAACAACCUCGAAAUCUUCACUCUGGUUCUUGGGCUCGUCGGCUUAUCUGACAAGAUUCCAGCACAUAAUGGGACAAUAGGCUUUUGGAAACAGUACCUGUAGACUGCAUGACUUUGAUCGAUCAUGCUCAUAGAUUUUUGGGACUUCGUGCUCGGUUCAUUUGAGUUCCUUCAUUGGUAGAGACUUAGAGGCAGCGUCAAUCCCAGGGGCCAGGCUCCUCACCGUUGAUAUGGAUACGAUACAUG